AACCUAUAAUGAAGUUAAUUAUUUUACACUUGAUUAAAGAAACCAAACGAUAAAAUAAUCCAGAGAAAAUGAUCUCUUUUAAUAACGAGUUUUAGAGAAUACCUAGAAACAGAUAAUCUUAUCGCGACGUAAACUGAGUGACGUUAUCAGCGAUCAAUAUGUAAUGUGCUAGCUAGAACAUGCAAUCUCCUCGCUUUUACCGCAGAAUAUUCGUAUUCGAAUAACGUAGAAUUGUCAAAAGAAAGAAAUGAACAAAAUGUCCUAAAAAUCUUGAAGUUAAUUUUCUGAUAAAUUUGAAAUUGCUUUAUGUGGAAUAUUUUUUAAAGAAAAGAUUCGCCUGACUUAGGACAACGAUAUCGCGAUCUAUUAAUCGGAUCACGAGUAUUGGCCAAUCUCGUGAAAGUUAGUCGAAAUGCAGUGUAGCGGUUGAAUCGAAUUAUUGUGCCGGAGGAUCAACGGUGGAUCUAUUGUCCCCGGGACGUGUUUCUAAGACGAUUGCAAGGUCUUCAAACCUAACACGUCCUUGACGAGAAUGUCGCCGAACGAAGAAAGGAUUCCGCCGACGAUGUGUCCCAAGACGGAAACGGAUUGUAACGUGACGCUGAAGAGGAAUCGGAAUCAGUUGGCGAACGAUGAAACAGCGAAGGGCCACGAAGCAACGAUCCAGAAGAACGAUGAGUCGGCGAUCGAUUACGUGCCGAGGAUAAAGUGGCUCGAUCUCGGCGCGCAAAUCUUCAUACACGGCGGCUCUCUGUACGGGUUGUAUUUGGUGCUCACGCAGGCGAAAUUGCUUACAGCCCUAUGGGUAUUUGUGACGAUUUAUACAUCUGGCUUUGGUAUCACGGCUGGCGUUCACAGAUUAUGGUCGCACAAGGCAUACAAAGCGAAAUGGCCUUUGCGUCUGCUUCUAGUCUUCCUCUUCACGAUAACAGGACAGAGGGAUGUGUACACAUGGGCGUUGGAUCACAGGGUACAUCAUAAAUAUAGUGAAACCGAUGCGGAUCCGCAUGACGCGAGGAGAGGUUUCUUCUUCGCUCAUGUGGGAUGGCUUUUCACGACACCUCAUCCCGACGUCGUUGCUAAACGCAAGGCGGUCGAUAUGAGCGAUUUAGAAGCGGAUUCCAUAGUUAUGUGGCAAAAAAGGUGGUAUAUACCUCUAUUUCUGCUUCUGACCAUCGUAUUACCGGUGGGAAUUCCUUGUUACUUUUGGUCAGAGUCGCUAUGGAUCUCGUUCUGGGUGAAUUUCAAUCUUCGCUUCUGCAUCAAUUUGAACAUAGCCUUCUGUGUCAACAGUGUGGCACACAUGUGGGGGCAGAAACCUUACGAUAAGAGCAUCUCGCCGGUGGAGAACAUCGCAGUAUCGAUCGCAUCGCUUGGCGAGGGAUAUCACAACUAUCAUCAUGUGUUCCCGUGGGACUACAAGACCGGCGAGCUGGGUGAGAACCCGUUUAAUUGGACCACCAGUUUCAUCGACGCGUUCGCGCGAAUCGGUUGGGCCUACGAGCGGAAAUACGUCUCGCCAGAUAUGAUCCAUCGCAGGGCGUAUCGAUGUGGCGAUGGGAGUCACGUAUGGGGUUACGGCGAUGUCGAUAUCUCGAAGGAAGAUCUGGCGGAGUUGGAUGUGAUGGACAAUCACGAGCUGUGAGACUGAUAAAUUCGAGAUGGAAAUGUGUCUCGAUCAGAUUCUCUCGGAUGGAUCGAAAAAAAUACGUCAAGGAGAAGCAUCUCCUAUAUAUAUUAUACGCGGACCAUUUGAAGUCUUUUUCUCAAAGAUUGAAGCUAAUGUAACAUGGGAAUUUAAGACUCUCUGUAACUUUAAGUUUUGCAAAUUGCUGUAUACUAUUGGGAAAUGUUUGUAGUUUUGUUAGGAUUAAAGAGAUAUUUUAAUUGCAAAAUAGUCGAUAAAAAUAUAGUUGGCUUUCCAUUAUAUAGCCAACGAUUAAUAAAUAAACUGUUUAAAGUAUUUUAAUUAUGACAAUCAUGAAUUAUCCAUAAAAUUUAUCGUAGAAUUAAAAUGUAUACAUUGGCCGUUUAUUUAUUGUAUUUAUGGGAUUUGUUAACAUUGUUUGUUGCAAUAAGAUAAUAAUAAAUUUCACCGUGACAACGUACAACUUGAACGAUAAAUUUCGCAUACUCGAGGGUCUAUUACAGGGUCUGGUACAGGAGAAGCCACUGUUUAAUAUAAUAUACGUACUACGUUCGAUAUAAUUCGUAUGUAACCAUUAUUUGUAUAAUUACAGUUGUACAACUGCAAUUAUGAAAGUAUGCAAUUAUGAAUUUUUAUUUUAUUAAACGUGAAUGUACAAUAUUCUAAAUGAGAGAAACCGUUAUUGAUAUAUUACAUUAUACGAUAAGAUUAUGUGCAUUCUUGAUUUUCUUUUAAACUUUAAAACUUGGAAACAGUUCAAAAUUGUUGUUAACGAUUUGCGCAGUUAAAAGAAUCAAUUAAGGAUGAAAAUAAAGUCAUCACAUGCUAUUAAGAUAAUUUUCUCAACAAAUCCUUUUUAUGUUGUUUUAUGAAAUUUUAAUUAAUAUUUCGUCAAAAUUUGAAGCACACAGGAAUCUUCAUAUAAUUUGUCAUUAAUUAUAAUUCGUUUUUAAGCUAAAAUUAUUUUAUAUUUUCAUAAAAUGUAUAUCUUUUUCAUAUUCUUGAUGAUUACGCUUAAUUUCAAGCUUUACAUCUUAAUAUCUCGAAAUGUUACGUAGACCAAUUAGCUUAAACAUAUUAUAAAAUGGUAAUAUUUAUGGUGCCUUUAUAUAAAAUAUUCUUUCUCACACAGUUCCUAUAUUGUUCACAGGCGAAUCCUAUUAUUGUUGAAUAUGUAUUCUAAAUAAUGUGUUAAAUAUGUUUCAUAUUUAAUGCUGUACAUUGAAAUAUUAACAAAAUAAUAUAAUAAUAAUGCACAGAACUUUUCCGUGCAACCUGCAGUUCAAAAAUUAUCCAAUGAAAUUUGUUAAAGUAUGUACAAGAUUAGAAUAUAGAAAAUUAUAAUAUAUGGUAUAAAUAAUUAUGGAAUAACAAGAAUUUUGUUAAAUACGUAUUGUAAGUAUAUAAUUGUUUAUAAAUACAUAUGUACAACAAAUAUUUGUGUAUCGUUGCGUGCAGCAGCUAAACUUAUUAUAAUACACUUAAUUAUUAAAGUACUUAUUUAAGCGCAACCAAUCAAAUAUAAGAUAUAAUUAAAGUUAUACUCGCGCAAGUGCCUCAAUAUAUUUUCUAACUACACAAUUUCCUUCGAAAAAAUAUAAUAUUUAAAAGACGUACGAUUUUUAACAGCAAAACGAAAAUUUUAAUUUAUAAUCUAAUCGAAACCGUUUAUUAAUGCUGCAUGAUUGCGAUAAUUUAUGCAAUUAUGUUUGUAUCUCGUAUACACACAUGAGAUAAUCCCGCAGAAAACAUAAACGUAGAAACAAUCAUCAUUUGAUUAAUGAAUUAUUUUAGUCUGUUAUGUAAGUAAAGUACAUUCACGACAUAACAGUACUUGCUUUGCAUAUAAAGUUUUUCAGUUGCUCAAUAAUUAAACGAAGAUUCAUGUAGACGAUAUGUAUUCCCCGUGAACCAGUAAUUUCCACCUCAAUGGCGGAGGUAGAUUCUUAGAGCUUUAAGUUACAAAUGAAACGAAAUAAAAAUGAUCUUUUAAACAAGAAA